GAGAGUUUCAAUUCAAAAACUCUCAAGGAGGAUGGCUCGAGGAAUAGCGGCGAAGUCGAGUGGUGGUGCUAAGAAGAAAGGAGUGUCGUUUGUGAUCGACUGCUCUAAACCAGUUGAUGAUACGAUCAUGGAGAUAGCCACGCUUGAGAAGUUUCUUCAGGAACGAAUCAAGGUCGGAGGUAAAGCCGGUUCUCUUGGUAACUCCGUUUCCAUUACCCGAGAUAAUGUAAAGAUCACCGUCAACGCCGAUUCCAACUUCUCUAAACGGUACUUGAAGUAUCUGACGAAGAAGUAUUUGAAGAAGUACAAUCUCCGUGAUGCAUCUAACAAAGACAAAAAUGUCUAUGAGGUACGCUACUUCAGGAUUGACGAUGAAGUAGCUAGUGCCGAAGAAGAUUAAGCUCGACCUUCUUCAUUCAUUUUUAAUUAUACUUAGUCUAGAUUUUUCCUGCUUAGGACGGAUCUCUAUAACUGUUCCUAAAAGUUUUUGCUGUGGGCAUUGGUAUUUUUUGGAAUGAUUUAGUGGUUAAAAUUGACACAAGAAUGAGGACUAAAUUCAUUUUAAAAUUUCUGAAAGAAAAGAGUGACUAAAUGGCCGACUCUUUUUGAGGCCGUGUUGGUUCGGCAGAAUUGAGUGGUUGCGACUCAAUUUAGUUUUGGAGAUCAAAAAUAUCUAAAUAUAUGCAUGCGUAAUUAUUUUUAUUGAUAUGAACAUUAGGCUAAUAACAUUAUUUCUUUAAGCAUUAUGAAUACAUACAUAUCUCAAUGUUAUAUAUGUAAAUUUAUAUAUUUUGUUGACAAAAAAAAGGAUAAAAAUUGGUUUUUGGGUAGAUAGAAUUUGUAUAUUAGUAAAACAAGUAGAUAAUUACAUAGCAAAACGACUUUGAAAAAAAAAAACCAAUUUUAA